GUGUCAUUAAUCACAAGAAAGACAAGCCGCACCUGAACUCUGCCCUAUUGAACCUCCUGACUAUAAGACUGGAAGAUAUUUACCCAGCCUCUCGAUCCUACUUUGCUCUUAAACCCUAGCCGUUCUCUUAGAUUUUUUAGAUUUUCUUCUCAAAGUGGGUAUAAAUGGCAUUCUGUAACAAAUUUGGGAGCCUGGUGAGGCAGAGCGUUUCCCAGAAUGGUCAAGUUCAAAUGGCCUCUAUGUUGAAUUCUAUUCGCUGCAUGUCAUCAAACAAGCUUUUUGUGGGAGGUCUUUCGUAUGGGACUGAUGACCGGUCUCUAAAGGAUGCUUUUUCUGGGUUUGGUGAAGUGAUUAGUGCAAGGGUUAUCACUGAUAGAGAUUCUGGAAGGUCAAGGGGAUUUGGGUUUGUUGACUUCUCAAACGAUGAGUCUGCAAGUGCAGCAUUGUCAGCAAUGGAUGGCCAGGAAUUACAAGGACGAAGCAUUCGAGUGAGUUAUGCCCAAGAUAGUUCUCGUGGUCCACGAUCUUUCAACAACAACAAUUUUCGCGGGAAUGGAAGGUUUGGGGAUGAAAAUGGUUGCUAAGAAGUUGUCACCAUCAAUGUACUGCCCUGUAGCUAGUUAUUACUGGUUCAGAAUGUAGUUCUCUUAUUUACUUUAAUUGUAUUUGCUCAACUUGAGCGUGGCAAUUGCCUUUCAGACGUGGGCUUGGUAAGUUUAAAUCUGGAGAUAUUGUUUUUGUUGUUUUGCAUGCCCUGCUACAGAAGCACAUUUGAUUAAAUGGUUCACUGGAGGGAAUUUGCAUGA